CGCACCUUCUCACCCACGUGCACGUGAUAGAAACUCGCCAUUCAUUUGCAAAUCUUGCUAAAAAUAAGUUUUGAAGCGGCUGUCAUGUAGAAAAGAGGUUGGUGGGCAGAUUGGAGGUCAGUCGGAAGAAAACGUACAGACGAACCAGUCAAAGUCAAAGUCAAGUCUGACCAAAACGUCACCAUGCCUGCUACCACGUUCACGCAAAGAGGUCUCGACGAGCCGGAUGUUGGAAUGGUGAACCGGAAGCACUAUCGUCCGGAAUGUGACCCCAGGAAGGACAUUCUCCGCAAACUCUGGAAUGACGUCAGGAAGGAAAAGAGCGAGACAGGGCGCUUUCGUGUGUUGGCGAAGUCCAUGCAGACCGUGGUACAGGAGAAGGAUGCGGACAAAUGGAGGAGAGCCCUGCUGCACAUGGGGCAGUUCGCCAUGCCGCAGACGUACACAGAGUUCAUCAACUUUACUCACGACGUGUUCUCCAUGCCGCAGACGUACACGGAAUUCCUCAACUUCACUCACGACGUGAUCUUAGACAGCUUGGUAGAACUACAGAAGAUGUCGAAGUCAUCAUCAGCCAAGAAAGUCCCGGUAGUGUCGGAAUGUCGUCCCAAACCCGCCAUCUUGGAUCAGAACACCUGGCUGGAGUUCGUCAUGGCGCUGGGCCUGCCCGUGGAGGAUGCCGGGAGUUCUGCCGAUCUGACCCGAACGUCCGUCUGUCUGAGCCGUCACACGUCAGCUGACCAUCUACGGACAGUCCUGCGGCUGUUGGACGCUCUAAAGACUCUGGGAAUCGAACCAGUCCGCCAUCUCAGUAACGUCACACCUGACGACAGAAGAAGAAUACAGGAACUGCUGGGCUUGUGGCUGCAGUACCCCCGGCUGGAGCUAGAGCAGACAGACGCCAGACUCCGCGGUCUGUGGGACAAGUACACGCCUCAGAGGGAACUUCUGGAAGGGCUGGGUCUACAGCAAUGCAAGGUGGACAACACCAAGUACGUCAGAAGAAGAGAGCGGGACGGGAAAGAAAACGCGUCGCCAGACUUGUCGCCGUGCUCCACCGAGCUAGGCUAUGUGCUGUUGUUAGCGCUGUGUCCUCCAACAUGUUCGACUCAUCGUGAAACCCAAGUCUAA